CUCCUCUUUUUGUUUGCGUCUCCACCAUUUUCCCUUAUCAACUCAAGACUCAUAAAGCUCCUCUCAUCUUCAUCAUAACACAAAAAAAUUAUAACAAAGAGUUAAAAGAACUUGGUGUAUAUCAGAUCUUGAUAUCAUGGAUCCUAUCCACGGCUUUAUUGGCACAUCAAACAUCUCACACAACACAAACCUUAUGAUCGCUGCAGCAGCCACCACAACCUCCUCCUCCUCGUCUUCCUCAGGCGGCUCUGGACCGAACCAGCUGAGUAGGUACGAAAAUCAAAAGAGAAGAGAUUGGAACACUUUCGGACAAUAUCUACGCAACCACCGUCCCCCGCUUUCUCUCUCCCGUUGCAGUGGUGCUCAUGUUCUUGAGUUCCUCAGGUACCUCGACCAAUUCGGCAAGACCAAGGUUCACAUGCAACUAUGUCCGUUCUUUGGACACCCAAACCCACCAGCACCAUGUACCUGUCCACUCAGACAAGCGUGGGGCAGCCUCGACGCACUCAUUGGCCGGCUUCGAGCCGCUUUUGAAGAGAACGGUGGUUCACCAGAGACCAACCCUUUUGGUGCACGAGCCGUUCGACUCUACCUAAGGGAAGUGCGAGACUCGCAGGCUAAAGCGCGUGGGAUCAGCUAUGAAAAGAAGAAGCGGAAGCGACCUAAUCAGGCGCCGCUACCACCUUCUGAUCAGCCGAUGAUUUCGAGUAGCCCUAAUUUGCAAUAAGUCAUAUCAGUAAGAUAUGUUUCAGUCAACUACGUUUCCUUACAGCUUUAUAUAGUAUUUGUCACUGACGAACAUGCACGAGUUAUCUAAAAGCAGCACGCCCUUCUUCGUAAUCUUUUUAAUUUGGCAAGCUAAAGAAUUUUAUGUUGUAUUGAAAUAAUGUUUUUUUUCGUUCCGCCUCGCAUAAAAUAUGUUUUUGUACUUUAUUUUUCUAUUCAAUACAUACAUCAUUAUUAUUUUUUAGUAAUCCAUACACCA